AUGGCCGCGGGGCUGGUUGCCCCCGAAGCCCCUCUGGGGCCAGUUCGAACCGUGGCGUGUGCAGUCAUGCAAAAGGGGCUGGCGUACACGGUUCAACCUAGGCUCACAGACGGCGGCUCGUCUGGGGGGCUCACAGACGGCGGCUCGUCUGGGGGGUUUGUGGCCUAUCUGUGGGCGCGCUGGGGAGAGAGAGGAGCCCGCCCUGGUCCUUCCAGAGUGGCCGGCGCGGAGCCCCCUGAAGGGGGGCCCCUUAUAGGUGCAACCAGACAACAACGGGUCAGUAUUGUUGUUACGAAUCCUUUUGCCUGGUCGAGUGGUAAGAGGGUUGUGCGCCGUAAGGCCACUGAUGGCCGCGGGGCUGGUUGCCCCCGAAGCCCCUCUGGGGCCAGUCCGUCACAGUUUUAA